AUGUCUAAUUGCACGAUUAUUGCCAACUUUAUAUCAUGGAAUCUAUUAGCUGAAAAUAUAGAAAAUUAUUUACCUAUUGAAAUGAAGAUACACUUGUCAUCGGUAGAAAGCAAUUUAAAAACAUCCAUUGAAGAUAAAAUGAUUCCAUCGAUAAAAUGGAUAAAAAAUUCGUUAAUAGUAGUUGAAGCUUGUAUGGAUAAAACGUGGGAAGUAUUAAAUUCUGGUCACUGGCAAUUUGUUCCAAUUGAAUAUCGAUACUGUUACACAUUAUGUACUAUCUUAAAGGCAGUUCUACUGGAGCUUCAGUACAAUAAUGAUACUAAACAAUUUACAAAGAAUACAAUUUUGUUGAGGAACAUUAUUCAGCUGAUUGAUAAAGGUAUUCUAUUAGGAGCGCCACUUCCAAAUGUAAUUGAUUUAUUACCAAAAGUUGCUUCAAUGUUGAAUAGUUGUAUCACAGAGUCAUUGGGAAAGUUAGAUGUAGAGGAAUUAAUUAUUGAUUCUGAAAGUUUAUAUAAUUUUAUAUUGCCGGGAUUUAUUGAAAUUGUUCAGUAUGUUGAACCUUCGAUGGAAUUAUUUUACACAAAAAUAUUUAUGCCAAAAGUACCAGCAAUAAUGAAAGGUUGUAUCAAACAUUGGAAAGCUCUAGAACAAUGGAAAGAUCUAAAGUAUUUAAUUAGCGUAGCUGGAAAUAGAACGGUUCCUAUUGAAAUUGGUUCACAUUAUAUAGAUGAAAAUUGGUCACAACAACUUCUUAGUUUUUCAGAAUUUCUACAAAAAUAUGUAUUAACGAAAGGUGACCAAGUUGGUUACUUAGCUCAACAUCAAUUAUUUGAACAGAUUCCUGAAUUGAAAGAUGAUUUUACAAUUCCUGAAUAUUGUAACUUUACAGACAAUGAUGAUGUGGAACAACCAGAUAUAAAUGUUUGGUUUGGACCUAGCGGAACUGUUUCACCUCUACAUUUUGAUCCUAAAAAUAAUCUUUUGUGCCAAAUAUUUGGACAUAAGCGGGUCAUUUUAUACCACCCAAAUGAUUCAUCUAAUUUGUAUCCAUAUGAUACAAGAUUAUUGAGUAACACUGCACAAGUUGAUCCUUUGAAUCCAAAUUAUGAGAAAUGGCCUAAUUUUAGCAAAGCUAAAGGUUUGAUGACCUAUUUGAGACCUGGAGAAAUACUUUACAUUCCUCCAAAAUGGUGGCAUCAUGUAACUUCUUUGACUCCAAGCUUUUCGAUUAGUUUCUGGUGGAGUUAAGUACAAAAGAAUAUAUUUAUAAAUUAUUGACGUGCUUGUAACGCUCUCCAUGUACAAUGACUUAUUAAAGUAUUUGAAAGUUUUAACAAAUA